AUGUAUUCGCCUACAACACCUCUGGGAAGACAAACCGGAUAUCAGAUUCUGAUGGGUAUCGGGUACGGCUACACACAGCAAAUGAGACAAGCCGCAUUGUCGUCAAUCUGUGCCGCAGACGAAAACUACGAUGUGAUUGCUGCAUAUCGUGCGAGAACUGCUCUCGAAGGCGUCUGGGGUUAUCAUGCUCAUUUCAGCAUAUUCGUGCCACUGCUUGAACCAGGGCCAGGCACAGCAAUGGCAUCCUCGUCGGAUGGUGGAGAUUCCUCUGCUGUCUUAGAGACCAUUCAAGAUAAAGUCAAUCAGCUCGAGUCUCCGAUUAUAGCAUUUAUGGGUCAGAGUAAUGUCUCGAUAACUGCAACCCGCUACAGAAGAAAGAAAGACCAGGACGGAGAAAAUUGCUGCUGUGGCCGAGAGUCCCGUAGAAUUGCCUCCUCUAAUUCAUUGGGAAGCAUGCAUACCGACAAUAAGAGAAUGACUUAUUCAGAAGCGGCCCAUUGGCCGACAAUCCUUGAAGGGAAGAGAUUCACGCAAGAUCCGGGGUUACUAUUGGGACCUUGCGGGCAUGCAACCAAGCCGGAAAUCCUUGCCGCCAUUCCUUCGCGGACUGUGGUGAAUCGACUGAUUUUUCAAUACCUUCAGAGACUGUCGAUUAUCCAAGGUGCCGGUACCUUGAACGGUCGUUAUCUUUGCAGGACAGAUCCGACAGUCAACCUUUCAUUCAAGCAUUUCGGGAAAAGAUCGUUCAACGCUUACGGCUGGGAAAAUCCAUCGAUGCCCUCCCUACACAGUCAAAACGUUACUACAUUGUCUCCUUCUGGAUUUGGACUGCCGAGGAUGAUCCACGCAUUUCAGUUUGAUACUGCUGAACCGCGAAAUCUGGUAGACUCGUACUUUGAUACCAACAUAAAGGACCUGCCCGCUGCGCGACCCGAUACUGAACAAACCACAGUUCAAUAUUUAGUCACUAAAACCCGUCUAAAAGCCAUGUACUUUGUGAAACGACUGAAUUGA